CGUCUAGUUGAAUGAGAGAGAGAGAGAGUUUUGUUAGAGAGACAAUGGCUAGAUCAACGGUGGUCAUUGCGGCGGCUGUACUAGCUUUUCUUGCGGUGGUUCCGGUACCGGAAGUGACGGCAAAGAAAUACUUAGUCGGUGACAAAAACUUCUGGAACCCAAACAUUAACUAUGCCACAUGGGUUCAAGGCAAACAUUUCUACCUCGGAGACUGGCUUUAUUUCGUGUUCUAUAGAGAUCAACACAACAUUCUUGAAGUGAGCAAGAGUGACUAUGAUAGAUGUAUCUCAAACCAUCCACUAAGAAACUAUACACGUGGAGCUGGGAGAGACAUUGUGCCUCUCAAUGAGACCAGAGCUUAUUAUCUACUUGAUGGAAGAGGUGGUUGCUUUCAUGGCAUGAAGCUAAGUGUUACUGUUGAAGGUCCUCCUCCUCCUUCUCCUCCUCCUCCUCCAGCAUCAAUGUAAAACUAUACUAUGUAUUUGUCUCUAAGCCUUGUUUUUUGGAUUACAAAACCUUGAUUUGGUAUUAAGACAACUUGUUGUAAUGCUAUGUUACGUUUCCCGA